AUGUUCGAGGGCCUUCAACUUGCUGAGAAUCUAGAUGAGGCUAUUAUCAAUUGUAAUUGGCAUCCUCUUGAAUUGUGGGUUGCUAAUUAUCGAAAACAAAUGUGGUUUUGGCAGAAACGAAGAAGUGAAUAUUUAAAGCACAAAUCCGAAAUAGAAGAAAGUCAAAUGAAGCUAUUGAGGGGCCAAGCACAAACGCUUGCACAAUCUCGACGCAAAAAAGUUGGGGGGAAAUCUCAAAAUUCGACACUAGCUUGCAAAAGGAACGAGCAGGACUCGAUCAAGCAAAAGUAUCGAAUAGCCAAGAAUAAUGGUCGCGAAUUGCUCCAUAGUUUUAUCAAUCAGUUGCAGGUUGACGGUAAGCUUGCUAAUCCGCAUUUAUUGCCCUAUACAGCAGAGACUCUAGCUGCUUCUGGUGACCAAUACGAACCGCGGCAUAUAAUCAAAGGACUGGGAGAGAAAAUUAUCAACGAGGCAUAUGACAAAGAGUACAUUGAAUCCAUAAUAAUUCCCCACCUUGAAUUUGAAUUGAACGAUAUAAACUUGGAUAAAAUAGCAUAUGAUAUAAAUGAAAAGGGUCCUUAUCGAGUAGUGGCCAAGCAAACGGAAGCAGGAACCGUUUCCAUACCAUUUUUGAUGUCACCGUUCAAGCACAAAGUAGGACGUGUUGAAGUUGCUCGAGCAAUCAAACAACAAAUCUUGUGGUUGCGAAUUCAAAAGAUUUGGAACGCUAAGGGAGAAGUUGAAGAGGAGAAUAUGGCUAAAGACGGCAGCUAUCCUGUUAAAGGAUGUCAAGGGUUUGGACUUGGUGAAAGUAUGAGACCAAAAUUGUAUUACCAAGAACUAGGCGAAGGUGAAGAAAUGUACGAGUUAUUUUUGCAACUAGAAAAAGGGAAAACCAUUACUGAUGAGCAAAAAGAAUUGGACUUGACUGCAUUUGACUGGACCCUGGAGUUGAUGCAAGUUACUAAAUAUAUAGCUUCCAAAUACCAACAAGCUGUUGCAAUGCCAAAAUUUGAUUUAAUGAAGAAACAACAACGACUACAAGAGGAAUGCAAUAAACUAUAUAAACGCGAAGCAGUAAAGUUUGAUCAUUUAUUAGCGGAACUACAAAAGCAUAAUGUAUUCAAACACAGCGAGAUUGUUUGCCCCGAAAUUGGUUCCACAACAAGACUAGAUUUGUUGAAAACACCAGCUAAAUAUUUCCCCGCAGAAGAUCGAGUUGGAAGAGGACAACGAUUAGGUGACUUUUUAAAAUCAAACAAAUUGAAGUGUUACCAAUUUGGUUAUGAGAAAAGGAAAAACAUCAAGCAAGUUUUAGCAGAGUUAAGUCGUCGUUCGUGA